UCUCGUCGCGUCGUUACAAAAGACUAUUUAAUGUUUAUACACAGAAUAUCGUUGUGUAUUUAAAUAGAAGAAGUCAUAUUUAUCAUGAAUAAAGCAAGAACGAGCCGAAAACAGAUGUCAAUGAUUAUAGAUUUUAUGGAGAAAUACGGAGACAUUCAUAAACCCAGACAAUACCCGGCCCAAGAGAUGAUAAAAUUGAAAUGGAAGGAAUUGAUAAAAAAAUUGAACAGUAUCAGCGACGGACACUAUCGGUCGGAAAUUCGGUGGGGUAAAGUUUGGAGCGAUUUUAAGAAUAAUGCUCGGAGAAAACUAUGUAAAAUCGUCAACGUAUCCAAGGGUGGUCCAGCAGUUAAAUUCAUAAUCACUGACUUGGAGCAUCGGGCGCUUGAAAUAAUGCAAAAUAAAUCUCCUAACAAAGAUGAAGUAGUAGAGAUUGCUAUUGAUGGACAGGUACAAGAACAGGAGGAAGGAAAAAGUUUAUCAAAUGGAUCCGUUCCGGACUAUAUGAAUUCAGUCGUUAAAACUGAAGACUGUACAAUGACUUCCGACACACCAGAAACCAGCAGACAAUCACCGCUAAUCGAAGAAACUCCAAAACCUCAACAACCCACCACCUCCAGUCAAGCGAUAAAAGAUGCCGUAACCCAACUCAUCUUAGAAGCUGAUAAGAACGGAAGGGAUUACGGCAGGCAACGGGAUAGGAUCGACGUUGAUUUAGAGAGGGAGAGGAUUAGGCAAAGGGAUGAGGAGUUACGGCUGAGGGACUACGAGUUAAGGGAGAGAGUGAGGCAGAGAGAUGUGGAACUCCAGCUACAAGACAAAUGGCUGGAAUUCAUGAAGGAAGCGAUGCACCUUAUCAAGCGACAUCUAGAAAAAUAAUAUAUACAAACAUCCCAUGCUUAAGUAGAAGUGUUUUAUUCGAUAUGCUCGGGGAACU